AAACAUAAACGUGUACUUCAGACAUAGAGGAAAGCAUAUUUAUAAUCUUUCUAGUUUAAUUAACUUCAGUUCAUGACAUAGAGAAAGAGCGACGGGGAAAGAUAGCAAGGGAGAUGAACAAACAAGAUCCCCUGCCUUCAUCGUCUUCCCACCGGGAAAUUUCUCCAGCACCGGAAAAUGUGCGUGCCAAGAGCAUCGGUUGCAUGUCUGGAAUUUUUCGCUUCGUUUGCAAAUAUCAUAAUCGCCGAAGAUUCAUCACUUCCGGAAAGAAGCAAGAAAAGAACGUCGGCUCUCCUCCACCACAAGAAAGUAGCACUGAUCUCCCGAAAUCGUCAGGCGACGUGGUUCCGAAAAGUCCAACGUUGCCGGUAGAGAUGAGAAUCUCAGCCGACAACUACCGUUCUCCGCCAGCGCUGAUAGCAAGGUUGAUGGGACUGAGUGAAAUUCCAACGGCAGAAACAGCGGUGGAGGAGAAACGGCGGAGACUGUUAGGAGCGUUGGAGAAAUGCGACCAGGAUCUAAAGAGUUUAAAGAAGAUGAUUGAGGUGGUGAAGAGCGUGAGUGGCAACACUACAAACGGCAAUAGUAAGAUUGAGAAACUGUAUUACCAUAUGACAACAAGAAAAGAAAAAUGGAAUCAGUUGGAAGCCAUAUCCAUGAGUAUGAGAAGUACUCUUUCAAUGGUGGACGACUUCACUUCUUUCUGCAGUUACUCAAAACGUCACAACAACUGCACUGCAAAUGGGCGAGCACAACAGCAACGGAAAAGGAAGCCAGGAGAAGAGGAUAUCAUCAACAUAAGUUUAUUUGAGAGAAACAAAACAGAAAUUAUUCCAGAAAGGAGUGAUGAGAAGUUAGCUUCUUCGCCUCCAUGGAAGAGUAGUAAGGCCAUGGUAGAUAGUGUAAAUGAAGUUUGUAGGGACAUUGCUUGGGGCCAGAGAAGAGAAAUUGGGAGAAUAGGUUUGGCUUUGCAAGAUUAUAUAUUCAGAGACAUUAUUGAAGAGACUGUCAGAGAAAUGGGAUGUUAUUUCUUUUAUCCAUCACCAAUAUUACCACUUGAAUCCUGUAAGAGAAGACUGCGUUUCUAAUUUCCUUCGCUACUGUUUCUUUUUUCCUUUUCUGAGUUUUCUUUCAUGUACUACUAGGAAGUUGUGAUAUUGUUAUUGGUUCUUCUCCCCUUAAAAAAUGGUCUAUUUUUUAUUUUUCAUA